CCGUUGUUUCUUGUCUAUUAAAGUGCUGUUAAUAAUAUUUAAUGUGAUAGCUUGUUAAUAAAAUCCUCUCGGGACGACAUGGUAUGAACAUGACCGUUCACAACCUGUACAUCUUCGACCGGAAUGGCACAUGCCUCCAUUACAGCGAAUGGAACAGGAAAAAACAGGCAGGCAUCUCCAAGGAGGAGGAGUUUAAGCUGAUGUAUGGAAUGCUGUUUUCCAUUCGAUCUUUUGUCAGUAAGAUGUCUCCACUGGACAUGAAGGAUGGCUUUGUGUCCUUCCAGACAAGUCGCUAUAAGCUGCACUACUAUGAGACACCCACUGGCAUUAAGAUCAUCAUGAACACAGACCUCGGUGUGCCCAACUGCAGAGACAUCCUGCACCAGAUAUACAGCACGCUAUAUGUCGAGUACAUCGUCAAGAACCCACUGUGUGUGUUGGGAGACACCCUGCAGAGCGAGCUCUUCAACAGCCGACUCGACUCCUUUAUCCGUGCCCUUCCCUUCUUCAGUGCCCGUGCCGCCUAAACCUGACCCAAGAUCAUCUUAAGCUGUUGGGCAUCUUGCUGUGCACUUCUUUCUGGUCCACAUCACACACUGAUCCCAGCACAGCUACAAAUGUAAAGGUUACGCCAGGCCCUAUAGAAUAACUGCAACAGAACAUCAAAGUAGAUAGCAUACAAAUCUCACAAUGGCAAAAUACUGUAUGGUGCUAUGACGAAACAAAAUCACUCACAUACCAGACAAGUUAGUGGAAAGGCAUUGUCUUUAUUUGGUCUUUGGUAAAGAUAAUUAUGCCAAGUGGGUAAAUAUUAAAAUCGCAACCUAUGCCAACAUUUCAUUCCUUGUGAGUUAUAUUAUAGGUUGUUUAUAACAUUUUAGUUGUUUUUUGAUCUUGGCAUACUUAUAUUAUAGUAGAAUUAUGUAUUUUAUGUAAGAAUGUGUUUAUUUUUUAAAUCAGGAGAAAUAAGGCCUGCUCUCUGAUUGUGAAGAAAUUGAACAUUAAAGAUCACACAGAUGUCGCUGACAAAA